CACAAUAGGUUUUUACUAAGUAUAAAAGUGAUAGUAUUAAUAGGAAGAAGGGAUAUCAAGAGAGAUAGGGGAGGAUUAGGAAAGAGAUUGCGGGAAACAGCAAGAACUCAAUAAAGUGUUGCAGAUAGCUUGACUGACAGGUGGAACACAUUGGGACGCUUUACUGACGUACGAGAGAAAAGAGAGCGAGAGAAACGUCUGGGAAGGGGCAGCAUACCUCACUGUUGUAGUACAUGGCGAUUUGGAAUGGAAACAAGCAGAGGAAUUUUGGAGGGAAAAAGGGAGAGCGAGGGAGAGAGAGAGAGAGCAGAGGAAGGUGGUAGGCAUGAGUGAGGGCCGUCAGACUCAUUGAGGAUCAAGAGAAGAGAGAACCCAUAUAAAAAUACUCAGUAGCAACUGGCACUCACACUUGCACCGUGACAUCUGAUUAACUGCUUGUCGAUCUCAGUUGAAUGUUGAUAACAAGCAAAGGACUGUAAGACUCAGAUCUCAGUCCAGUGCAGAUGGGAAAGAAACAGUGAGAGAGAAACUGACUGUUUCCAAGACUUCCUGAAAGACCUGCAGCGUUGGACAAUGACUACCGAACCUAGAGAACUUGACGAGCUGUGCUACCUCACGGCUCAGUCCAUGACAUCACUGGUGACAUCAGAGCACUUCAAACUCAUCAAAAAGCUGGGAGAGGGGUCGUACGGCAAGGUGAUGCUGGCGGUGCAUCAGAGGAGAGGAACCCCAAUGGCUCUGAAGUUCUUCCCCCGUCACUCCACCACUCUCCAAGCUUUCCUGCGUGAAUAUAAUCUCUCCGUCUCCUAUUGCACACACCCUUCUCUAACCCGGGCUCUAGGCAUCUUCUACUCCACUCCUUCUCACUAUGUCUUUGCCCAGGAGGCUGGUCUCUAUGGUGACCUGUAUGAAGUCAUCGUGUCAGAGGAGGGGGUGAGUGAGGAGAGUUCCCAGCGUGUGAUGUCUCAGUUGAGUGGUGCUGUGUCUCAUCUCCAUUCUCUUGGCUUUGUGCACCGUGACAUCAAGCCAGAGAACAUCUUCUUGUGUGACCGUGCUUGUCGCUGGGUCAAACUGGGUGACUUUGGCCUGGCACGAGCACAGGGGACCAAGGUCCGUGCUGUGUGGUACAAUUCCCCUUUCUGUGUGCCCGAGGUGGAGUGCGCCAAGAGAGUCAGUGAUACAGAGGACAUCUGGAUGUCUGUGGAGCCCAGUUUGGAUACUUGGGCUUUGGGGAUCCUCAUAUACUGUCUGCUGACGAGCUGCUUCCCCUGGGAAGAGACCACUUCUGAUGACCCUUCCUACUGCAAAUACAGAGACUGGUUCAACCGAAUCAAACAGAGAGAGGAGACACAAGACACCGUGAGAGAGGAGAAUGUGGCCCCGCAGUUUGACUCUUUAAGCUCAUUGGUUCUCACCUUACUGAGAAAGCUGCUGAAUCCACUGCCCCGGCUUCGUCCUGGGCCUGAUGAGAUCCUGUCUUACCUCGGGGGACCUUGGUUACUGAAGACUGAGAAAGAGGAGAUGAGGAGAGAGCAAGAGGCACAAGUGGAGGCCAAGAAGAUGCAUGAGAGAGGAAGGGUGGAAGGGGAAAAAGAUAUAUUGGGAAGAAGGGAGAGAUAAAGUUUGUGUUCAAAAGCAAUAUUAUAUACAGAUGUACUUUAUUUUCAAGAUUUUAUAUAGUGUUUCUAUUUCGGAAUAUUAUGUUUUUUUGUUUGUUUGUUUGUUUAUAUGUUUGUUUGUUUUUUAAGUAUCAAUAGAAUAGUUUUAUUAUGAACUGUAGAAAUUAAAGAAAAUAACUGGAUGUGUAAAUAGACUACAUACUACAUGAACUUUCUGUAGACACUACACUGUAAAAAAUUUCUUGUUGUUUUUACAAAAACUUUUUGGCAGCUGUGGUUGCCAGAAUAAUUUUGUAAAAAUACAGAAAACUGUAAACACAUUUACGUCAAAAACUGUUAAUUUUACAAUAUAAAGCUGUAAUUUACAAACAAGAAAAUGUGAAUAUAAACCAGUAAAUUCAACAACACACAAAAUUAAAUCUGUUUUGUACCUUGAAAAUACUGACAACCACCAUAAUAAUAAAGAUGGUACUGUAUAAGAGAAAGCCACAUGAAGUAUCAAAGCUCAUCACAAGUAGCUUCACCACAAGCAGAAGUAUAUAUUAACAUAUAGAAGGUGCACAUUUAUGGAAACACAAAACACCAUCAUGGUAACACACGUGAUACUUAAAUAAUGCAAAAAACUUUCAUUAAGCAACAGAAGAUGUAACAUAAAGCUCAAAUGUACAUAACUGAUAACAAGAACUAUUUAAAAACAUGAUUAUUUAAACAAAAUACUUUCAAACGUGGAGUGUCACGCAGGGAAUUCUGGGAAUAUCAGUUUACAGUUUUAGACUGUAAAUUAUACAUUGAUUUGUUCUUUUUUUACUUCUAAAAGCUGUAUAAUUAACAGAAUUUUACUGUAAAUUUACAUUAAAUGCUUUGUUAGAUCUUUUACAGUUUUUCCCUGUAUAUAGUACGGGAACUUACUGUUAACCUAUUAUCAGUUUUUUUCCGUAGCGUUUUUACAAAAUUUUACAAUUAAAAUUACACUUAUUUUUUACAGUGUAGGAAAGCAGUCCCAAAAAGUGUUUAUUAUUCUAAGUAUAGCAUAUAAUUAUAUUAUAAUGAUAUAUUUAAAAAUUAUAUUUAGAAUUAUAUAAAAACACUGGAAGUUUGAAAGAAGUCUCUUAUGCUCACCAAAGCAGCAUUUAUUCGAUCAAAAACAGCAAUAUUGAUGCCUGAAGCAUUAUUGCAAUUUAAAAUGACUGUUUUAUGUUUUAAUAAAUGAAAUUCCAUUUUGGUCCAUAAAAGCUGAAUUUUCAGCAGCCAUUACUCCAGUCUUCAGUGUCACAUGAACAUUCAGAAGUAAUUCUAACAUGCUGAUUUGCUGCUCAAUAAACAUUUCUUAUGAUAAGAAAAAAAAAAAGUUUUUCAGUACUCUGAUUUAUUUAUGUAUUCACUCAACAUGUAUAAAUGCAAAUAUGUACUGAGGAGGUGUAGAUUAAUAAUGCUCAUCAGAUGUGGGUGGAAUACAUAAACACUGUCUCUACCUCAAGCAGUUGUUUUGAUGUACAUAGCAACACAUACCCGUUUAUACAUGUUUUAAUAAACUUGUUUGUU